AGAGAUGGAAAUCGUGCCCGAAGGGAAAAACUUUCGAUUGGUUACAGAAGAAGAGCUCCCAGCGGUGGCCGAUAUCUUAGUGCAGUAUAUGCCUGAAUCACUAAAGUUUCACCAAACGAUUCAAACAUAUCUAAACAACAAGGUGUGGGACUUCCAUUUUUAUGUAGCGAAGAAUUGGCCCGAGGACCCGAUCUGUCUACAUUUCCCCGGCUGUACAAGUACGCCGAACCAAACCACAUAUGAAAGCGUGACAGUAUUUUGUCCAUCGGAGCGCGUAGAGCUGGUGGACCUUCUGACGACAGAGGACAUUCUCCUUGACCUCACCCAGCCAUUGUACCUGAACUUCACUCACGAAGCCAUCGUAAACCGCUUCGAGAAGCACUAUGAAGCGCACGACAAGAUUACUGGCGAUGUCUACGUCUGUGAUAACCCACCUCAAGAUGACAGUACUGAAGGACUGCCACCGGACGUGGAGUUAGUUCGCUUGCAGCCCGAGCACAUGAAGGCGGUUCACGACCUGUACCCGGCCAGCGACAUAGAAUGCCGCGAAGUUUUCGAGAAGCUGGUCGCCGAACUGCCAGCUUACGGCAUUUUCGUCGAAGGAGAGUUAGCUGCUUGGAUGGUCCAGUCGUACUACGGCGCUAUGUUCUCCAUGCAAACUAGGCCCGAAUUCCGCAGGAAAGGCUACGGUAUAUACUUGGCCCGCCGUCUUACCAAAGAGGUAGCAGCCCGCGGCUACAAACCCUUCGUCGUCAUUCGUCCGGAGAACGACGCGUCCCGGUCUCUGUACACGAAGCUCGGCUUCGAGAAACGUUUCCGAACGGUGCGCGCCGUUUUGCGUCCCCGCUAACGCGUUAAAGUUGAUCACUAGCAGAUUUUAUUUUUUUAAGACUUUUGAAUAAAAUCAAUUUAGCUUGCGAUCUUUGAUCGCCUAGAGAAUUUUAGUAGUAGCUUUAAGAUGGGGCGGCUAGUGCUCUCGGUCCGACCCGAGUCGAUAUGACAAGUGAUAGCUCCGUUGUGGCGUUUGUACGAGCCAGCGACAGGUCAUGUCAGCCCUCGUCUCUUCUGCCAAUCAAAAUACUUCAAGGAUUCCUGAUGAUUGGUAUAAAUCCGGCUCCGAGUACAAGCACACUUAGACUUUCUAUACAUAGGGCCUCUGCGAUAAUUAAUUUUCAGCCGUUAGCGUUUUUAAUCUCCUAGUAUCUACUUCUUGAUAAUGACAACGAAUGGCUUUCUUGUUGGGCGUUACAUACAAGUUUGCAUACAUUUUGAUACGUAUAUAGCUGAUGCCUCAUCACGCUUCCAGUCAGAUUCGAGAGCUGUAGCCGUUGCUGCGUUCUCUGGCGCUAGCCUAGUAACUGAUCUCAAAAUACUGAUGUUCACUAUACUUUGAAAUCUGGCAUUUAAAGAUCUAUAAGCCUCGUCACUGGUUAGGCUACGUAGAGGUUGAGACAUAUGACCAUCAGUAAAAAAAUUAAAACAUUCCUUCUAGUAUUAAGACAAUAAGUUAUUUAUGUUACAGAAUAUGUACCUACUGUGUGACGCAGGGUUAAGGUAUCUUUACGUGUGUCGGAUAUCCAAGAUUUGUGAACCGGGUCAUACUCAUUUAGGCGAACGCUUCAUUACCACUCGUUGAUCGAGCGGAAACUAUUCUGUCUCAUGGUUUAUAAAAUUUUUGGGACCCGUUAUGAUCUGUGUGAUAAAAAAAUGUUAGAGUUUAACAUUGGACUACUUGAAAAUGUAUAAAAGUACAUGAGAAAGAAAGGUUGCCGACGUUGCACCCAGUUUGCACAAUUCGACGAAUUUUAUCAAGCACCUUUUUAAAAUGAACAAACGCGACGAAUGAUCAAAAAAUUAAAAAAGUAAAAAAAAAAACGUUAAACAUUUUAAUUUCUUAACUAUAAAUCAACAGGUGGGACUGUUAAGCAAUGGGAGGAUAUGACGAUUACUUUUAAUUUUAAGUUUAAAAAUGUGAUUUGCGAAUCAAAUAAUCAAAAAACAAUAAAU